AUGUCAAAUGAUGAAAUUCAAUUAUUUAAAAAUUCUAUAGGAGAAUUUAUAGGAAUAAAUAGGUUUUUUCUAACAAAUCUUCAUCGACAACAAGCAUUAUUUUAUCUAUACGAUAAUGAUAUAACAAAGGAUUAUGAAAAAGUUCUAUUUGAAAUUUCUAUUGAUCCAAAUAAAUCAUAUUGUUAUAUAACAUCAUUUAAUAAUUUUUUAAAUGACGAAAAAAUACUUUUUACAUUAGGCCCAAUAUGUCGUUUAGUUAAUAUACAACAACAAGAUUAUGGAAAAAUUUAA